AAGAUAACGAAUGUAAUAAACUCGUUCUCAAGAUAGAAGUCGCUAAUUACCCGCGGUAUAUGUAAUCUAAAAAAGGUUGAGACAAGUAAAUAAAAGUAGUUCAAUGACAUAUACGGCAGUUAGCGCGCACUCUCUGCGGAUUACAAAGGAAACCGAAGAAUUCAUCAUCACCAAAGCUCCUUAGUUACUGUACAAAAGAAAGAGAAUACACGCCGUAUUCGAUCGAAUAAAUAAAUAAAAUAUAAAAAUCGAGAUAACAAGACGUUUCUACCAUCUCCGAAGAAAUCUUCGCGGCAAUAAGUAGAUUCUUUGAACAUACCUGUUUAAACUGCUAGCAGUUACAUUUUCACCUUCGAAGCGCGGACCAUGGAGAAAGACCCAACCGAGUCUCCCCAGGACACCGUCUCCUCGACCCACGAUUUCCUCGCGAAACUCCGUCGAAGCAGCCGGAACCGAGAAUCUUACGACGAUCUGACGAACCUCGAGUCGGAAUUACGUCGAGCUUACAUGUCGAAAGAGCUGGAAACGCAGCUGAUGGAGCGUCAAACCGAGCGUUACAUCCAAAACAUACGUAAACAACGGACAGCGAAACAGCAGCUGUUGGAUCAACAGGCGGUCCACGAGGAGGAUCUACAGCGACAGAUCUCGAAUCAAAAGAAAUCCUCGGAAUACAGAGCCGAGUUGACUUUGCAGAUGGAGGAGAAGGAGGAAGAGAAGAAAAUGAUGAUGGAGGAGGCGAGAAGAGAAAGAGAGGUGCUGACGGAAGUAGACCAAAUCAGGGAAUACACCGAGAGGAGCAGAGCGGAGGAGACGAAGAUGGAACGGAUGGAAACUAUGAAGAGAGAAUAUUUGAUCCACGAAGAGAUGAAGGAGAUUCGUCGUCAGGAGGACAUGGAGGCGGAAGCGAUAAAACUUGAAGAGGACCAACAGUAUCUGAAGGAGUUGGACGAACGUAAGUUAAAAAUGAAACAGCUUCUUCAGGAGCAGCAUGAGAAAAGGGAGAAAAUUAUUCUUGAAUUAGGAAGAGUGUUGAUGUGUAAAGAAAUGGAGAAAAGAGAAAGAGAGAUCUUGAUGAUCGAACUGGUGACUGAGGAUCUAAAACGUGAAUUGAUGAUUAAAGAUGAAGAGGAGAGGGCUAGGAGGCAGAUGAUGAGGGAGGAACUAGCAACUGAUCUUCAGGAACAAAUUAUUUUUACUGAAGAAUGUAAAAUGCGUUUCGUGGAGCAAGACAAAGCGUUUGCCGAAGAGAUCAUGAAAAAUAUCAUGGAAAAUGAAAGAAUUGCUAGGCUCACUUAUAAUGCCAGAAAAAGGAUGCAGGCUCAGUACAAGGAUGAUCUAGCGAGGUUAAUAGAGACCCGUCGUAUCAUUCGACAGAAGGAAAUCUGUAAAAUGGAGGAGGAAGCUAAGGACGAGGGAAAGAGGGAGAAGAAGAAGUUGGAGAUGGUUCACGAUGAAAGGAAGAGACUGUUGGAACAACACGUGAAGAAUAUUUCCGAGUUUAUUGAUAAGGCGGCUCUUACUCAAGAGGAAAUGAGAAUUGUUAAUAAACCAUGAAAUUUAUGUAAUGACGGUAUGAAGAUUUAAAUGCUGGAAUGUUUUAUACGAAGAUUUAAUUUUUUGGGGGGGUCCUUAAGGAUUUUUUGCAUUUUUUUUUGAAAUGUUUAAGGGCUCUAGAGCAAUCUUAGAAAAUUUUAUGUUUCUUACAAUUUUUUAGCAUUCAUAGGGAUUUUUGGGAUUUGUUUGAACUUUUCGAUAAUUUUAGUGAUUUCUUACAUUUUUGUUGGAAUGUUUGAGUUUCCUAAAAAUUUUUGGGAUUCCUUAUUAUUAUAGUUCUUAUAUACACAUUAAAUAAAAAUCAA